AUGAACUCAGGAUGCGGUCACAAGAUGAAAGUGAUUGGAGUCGGCAAGGCGGCCUUCGAAGGAGCUGACGGGAAGCCAAUGAUUUUGGAGGACGUGCUCGUGGUGCCGGAGAUAAAGGGGAACCUGGUCUCCUUGAGGAAGAUGGGGAUGUCAGGUGUUUGCACGGCCACCAAUGGAGCUGAAACGUUCAAGGGGAAUCUCGGUGAUCGAGUGUUGUGGGACUUACAUGAAGACAAGGACCUGCAUAAUGAGUUGUGGCAUGUGCCCGUGGUGCCAUGGCGUGAGAUGGUACGUGAAAAGGAGAAUGGGAGCUGUGGAUGUAAAGGGGAGUGUGUUGCAAGGGCUGCUGCAGAAGUGAAGGAGCUGAAAGCUACCGUGGCGAAUCUUGUGAAGGAGUUGCGCAAGGUCAAUGCUCGACUUGCAGCAGCUGAAAAUGGAAAAGCAGCAGUGGCUGAUGAGAAGAAUGGUGCUGAGACCAAGGGGAGUAAUUGCAAGGUUGCUGCUGUGCACAAGGAAAAGGGAGUGCACAAGGAUGACACUCGUAAGCAGCAGAAACUUCAUGUGAUGGUGCAGCCGAGGGUUGGAGCUGCUACGGAGAAGAAAAUGGUGCCGAACUCUGCAAGCGUUGUGGCUGAUGGGUUGAAGGCGAACGGAGAACCCAAAGUGAAGCUGAGUUCGGGGGAAGCUGGAAUUGUGGGGAAGCAUAAGAGUGCCUUCCCAAAAACUGGAGUUGGGAUCGGCAACAAGGUAGAGCUGGUCGAGGGGGAGCAGUUUGACAUUGAUGCUUUGGUUCCAAUGCCAACGGUGAAAGAGGUGAAGGCAAUUGUUGGACCCACUGACGGUGGUUGUGGGUUUGAAUAG